UCACUUCAACCCUCACUUUCCUCAUAAGAUAUCUGCUGAGUUCUUUUCUAUUAGUAAUGAAAUACCGCUUCAUAUGACAGUUUAUUUUAACUCAGGGUUGCACGCACAAUAUUCUCUUGGACUUCCUAUUACCAUUUUCACUACUUCCUCAUACGUGGUAUAUUAACAAGUUUCGUCGCUAAACCCUAAGGAUCUACAACGAGAUAAAAAUUUAUCAACUUGUCAUGAUGAUGGGUAACUUCUGGCUUCCAGAAGCGUCAACGUGUUUUGUUGUAGUAACUAUUUCCUGCGCUUUGUGGAAUCUUCCUUUCGUCAGAGGUGCACAGUGCAAUCCCAAUUUUAAAAUAAGACCCGUUGUCAAGAUCUCUUCAAGUUCAGGAAACGAAACUUUUCCCAUUGGUGCCGAUAUAAGGUUGACUUGUAAAGCGGAACAAAGAACGUUAGAUAAACAAUAUGUGGACAGAUGGGUUAGUUAUAUCGAGUGGUACGAUCUACAGGGAAGAAGCAUUGGACCUAGGUGUCAGUGGCUUCAAACGCACCUUGAAGAAAACUACACCUGUUCAUUGGUGCUUAAAAAUCUGACGGCUGACAAAUUUGGAAGUUACAUUUGUCAAGCCGGCAAUGGAUUCCCCUCGCAUUGCACAAGAGAAUCAUUUAAAAUUACGAUCCUAGGGGCUGCGCAAAAGUUAAUGAGAGUUCCACGGGACCAAAGUGCUGAUAUAGGGGCCAAUGUAACUUUCAACUGAACUGCCACCGGUCUUCCUAAUCCAAGCAUCUCGUGGAUCAAGAAUAAUGAUUCAUUUGCCUUACAGUCCAACCCAAGGGUAAAGCUCAUUAACUACCCUCUGGACGAAGAAAGCAUACAAAGCCAGCUGUUUAUUACAGGAGUGAAUAAGGAAGAUUUUGGUGAAUAUCAAUGUGAGGCAAAAAACAUCCUUGGAAAAAAAUUGUCCUUGCCAGCCUUCUUUAGCCCGAAAGAUGCUCAAAUGCCUGAGAUUGUUGAAGGUCCAAAGAAUCAAAGUGUCUCGAUCAGUUCCAAUGCUAUUUUCAACUGCACUGCAAAGGGUUUUCCGAGGCCAGCCAUCCACUGGGUAAAGGACAACACUUCACACGUCUCACAAUCUAACCCCAGAGCAAGAGUCAUUCAAGAUAACCGAACGAUUCGCAGCCAGCUAUUAAUUAAAGGGGUAGAGAUGGAAGAUUAUGGAAAAUACCAGUGCAUUGCAAAAAAUAGCAUCGGAAGAGACCAAUCAGGAGUGGCUGUAUUGAAGAUAGAUUCCAAAAAUGAAGAAGACUCAGCAUUUCCUAUUGUAAAAAUCGCUGUAUUCUGUGCUUUGGCAGCUGCACUUAUCUGUUUACUCAUCGUGCUUGUGAGGAAUCAACUCAGAAAUCGCGGUGAAGAGGGACGAAAAAGUGCGACCAAGGUGCUUUUGGAAAAAGACAAAUACUUGAUAAACGGAAUAAAGAGACUUGAAUCACCUAAUCCCAAAUUAAUCACAAAAUCUGAGCAUAGGCCACUGGUGUGUACAUUUGAAGAUGGAUCAGGGGAAACAGAGCCUCCAGACGGAAGUGGGCAGCACCAUUCGAUACAAGAUAUAGAAGAGAGAGUUCAGGAGAGAUUAGAUUGGGGUGAGGAUACUACAGGUGGCGACAAUGUCAUUGUUGAUGAAGGCGUUGACCAAGGGAGCGACGAACAAGGGGAUCGGAAAGAGAUCUUUCAAGAAACCGCGGAAGAACGUGACAACAUCGAAAAUCUCGAAGUGUUGGACGAAAUACUCGGUGAAGGUGAAUUUGGGAUCGUUUACAAAGGUCGAUAUUGUGGAAAAGAUGGAAAUGUCACCGAUGUGGCGGUGAAAAAGCUAAAAGACCCUAAUGCCAGCGCCAAAAAAGCCCUGCUUAAUGAGAUAAGGACCUUAAAGCAUGCUGGGAAACAUCCAAAUAUUGUCACUUUAGUUGGCACACGGAUUGAGAGAGGAAGUAUUCUCGUUGUCACUGAAUUGAUUCGUGGUGACAGCCUGGAAAAUCUUUUGAAGGCCAAGAAUACGCCUAAGGAAUGGAACCAAUAUCAUAACGUCUGCUGUAAGUUGAAUGACCGGCAGCUGGUUACAAUUGCAUUUCAGAUCGCCACAGGAAUGCAACAUUUAGAAGAAAGAAAGUUCGUGCACCGCGAUCUAGCGGCGAGAAACAUUUUAGUCGAUGCCAAUUUGGUAGCUAAAGUCGGAGACUUUGGAUUAGCCAGGGACAUAUCCGAAGCUGGAAUAUACACCAUAACCUCCAGCGGCAGUUUACCGUGGAGAUGGUCAUCGCUAGAAUCUCUACGAGAUCUAAGUUUUACAUCCGCGAGUGAUGUGUGGUCAUUUGGUAUUGUCUUGUGGGAAAUCGCCACUUAUGGUGGACUGCCAUAUCCCGAUAUCACAUCACCACUUGCCCUAGUAAGUCAACUUGCGGCAGGAUACCGGAUGCCUCGUCCCAACCAAUGCUCACGAGAGCUAUAUGAACUGAUGAGCUCUUGCUGGAAAGAAAAUCCUUUGAUGAGACCAACAUUUUAUGAGAUUACAAAGCAACUGAAGAAUCUUUUGCGAGAGGUUAAGAGAACGUAUAUCAACAUCACAGAAGACAACAACUGAGAAGUUUGAUGAUGCUCUAAUAUUAAAACAAACUCGUACACUUCAUUUUAUUACACUCAAUGAUAUAACAACCACGAUAUGCAGAAUGCAUCAAUUAUGCUUCAAAAUUUUUUUUCUGAAAUUGAGUAAGAUAUCGCAGUUACUUAACAAGACUAUCUUAGCGUGGAUUAUUGGAUUUACUUGGGAAAAAACCAAAGCAUUUAUUCUUUUAGUCUACAAGCAAGCCCUCCUUGUCAGCGUCUGUGUCACGAGAAGGUUUGAGGUCUUGAGCGAAGCUGCCCGGCGAGAUGUCUGUACUGGUUUGUUCUGUGCCUCUCUCUUCGCCGACUUGUCGUCAGUUCGCUUGCUCAAGCCCUCAAACUUUCCCGCGAGCGAGGAAACGCUUGUGCCAUAGCGAUAUUGACGAAGGACUACUCGCUGGCUGUUAUCUGUCAAAACUAAUCUAUCUGUGGUUGUCCAAUACAUUUCCACUUUUGGAAUUGCCAAGUUAGGUAAAAAAUAACCCGGUAUGGUGCUCUCACUUAAAAUAAAUAUGUUUGUUGACUCAACUCAAUUUUGCCGAAU